GAAGAAGUAUAAGAAAUUACCAGGAAAAUAGUGUAGUCAUUCGGUUUGAUUGUUUAGUUAUAUCAACUGGGCAAAAGAUCAAUCUUAGAGGCAAAAGGCACUUAUUUCUUCAAACAAUACUUGAAACAGUCCAUUAGUUGAAAAGCUCUGAAGAUCUGUCAGGUGGACAAGGGAGUUGAUGACAAGUCUGAUCACAUUUUACAGAUCAUAGAUGCAUUUCUGGAAGAUAGAUACGAUGAUGUUUUACCACGUAAUAUCCAUCUGGUGAACUAAACGUAGAACCCUAAUGGACGAAAAAGAUACACAGGUAAACUGUGCUGGUAUCGGCGCUGGAAUAAAUGAGUCUUAGGGAAAUAUGGCGGGAAAGACAAAGGAAGAUGAGCGGUCAGUGCAUUUGAGGAGCCUUAGUGAGAAAAGAGAGGAAACAUUACAAAAUCAAACUACUAGAAUUGAUGCAACACUCGAAGACGUAGUGUCUUCGCGCGACAACAGCGUAAAGGAGUUAAACGAAACGAAAGAAACUAUGGAGGGACUGAAAAAAAAAUUAUUUCAAGAAAAACUUGCGGGGAAGCGAUAUGAACGCGAAUUAAGGGUCGUGAGGUAUGCAUGCAACGAGGUCGAAGGGAAGCUGAAAGAACUUCUGACACAGAUGCUUAAUCACAAAACACGUCUGGUUGGUGUGGAUCUAAAAGCCAAGCAGUCGACCAGGUACCAGGUUUAGAUGUCUUGGAGAUGCUAAAACAGGAGAAACUUACAAAACUGGAAGCGGAAUUAGAGCAUGUUAAGGCUGCCUAUAGCGAGCUGAAGGAACAAUCGAAAAACGAAGUUACACUCGCGCAACAGAUACUGAACAGGAGGAUAAAGGAAAAAGAGGCAAUCCUUAGUAACUUACAAGAAACAAUGAUUAAUCAGGAGCAUACUAUAACUGUAUUGGAGGAACAGUUACGCAAAGCCAAGGACUCUUACAACGAGCUAGGCGAACGUUUGGGACAAGAAAUCAAAGAAAUCAAGCAAAGAGAGAAUAAUGAAUUUGCUUUACGCUGCUUUAGAGAGCAAGAAUUAAAGGAAAAAGAGGCGCUUCUAAACGAACUAGAGGAGAAGCUACGAGCAGAGAAGGAAUCUCGGGAAAGGAGAGAGGAGGAAUUAGCUUCUAGGAGCGGGACUGAGCAAAGCUUGCGACAUGAAAUUUCGGAGAUGCAAAAUGACCUUGUUCAGUUUCAAGAAAAAUUAGAAAACGAAACUUGUCGAAGGAGGACUGUGGAGCACCGGUUAGAGGAAAAUGUUUCCACUGUUCGCGAACUACAGACAACAUUACGUCAUGAGCAGAAAAUCAAAAGAAGAGUGGAAGAAGAGUUGAACCAUGCGCGGGAGAAGGAGAGAUUAUUCGAAAUAGAAAAACGUUGGCGACAGACUCAAGAGAUACAGCUGAACGAGAAGAUCAUAAUGUUAGCUCAAGCGCAGGAAACAAUUUCCCUGAUGACAGAUGAAUUGAAUGAGGUCAGGCGUUCCACCAACGAAGAUGUUGAGCGACUGCAACGCCAACUUAAUCAAGAAAUUAGCCUGAGAAACAGAAAAGAGCAGGAAUUAGGUGUUUUGGAACAGCAUCUCGAAGAAAAUGAAAACGCGUUAAGUGAGCAACGACGUCUUCUGGGAGAGGAGCGUCAACAACGGGCAACCUCGGAGGAAAGUCUUCGAACAGUACAACGUGAAAUGGUGGAUUACCGGCAUAGGCAGGAGGCCAGAGAGAGAGAACUACAAUCACAUUUAUCUGCAGCCCACAAAUCUUUAGCUGAGUACCAGCCACGUGACUGGAUCAUCAGACGAGAGGAAGUCGUUGUGAGUGGAACGAGUUUAGGCAGAGGAGCUUGGGGCAGAGUACAUAAAGGGUCUUUCCGAUGUUGCCCAGUUGCUGUAAAAGAAAUUCAUGAAGUGAUUAUUUCUGAUUAUAAUCGCGAACUUUUCGAACGGGAGAUGACCUUCGCAUCUCGGAGUCGCCAUCCAAAUCUUUUACAGUUUAUUGCCUCAACAAUCGAUGAUGGAAGUCCAUUAUUCGUCACAGAAUUACUCGAUACUUCUCUACGGGACUUGUUAUCACAACAAGUGUUAGUUGACAUUGAAAUUUAUAACCUUGCCAUCGACACUGCAAGAGGUUUAAAUUACCUUCACCUUAAUGAGCCGCUUCCCAUUGUUCAUCGGGACAUCAGCAGCGCCAACGUGUUGCUUUACAGACGUGGGGAAAGUUGGAGUGCCAAGCUCUCGGAUUAUGGAUCAGCCAAUUUUGUGCGUCAGCUUAUGACAGUGAACCCAGGUGCAUCAAUUUACGCUGCACCUGAAGCUAGCACGUCCAAUUCAACAACAAAGGUGGACGUUUACAGUUAUGGUGUGUUAUUAUGCGAGAUGUGCACCAGAGAAUUGCCAAAUCCCGAGCGUCGCGAAAAUCAAAUCAGGCAGGUAGCCGGCACUUCCCUGAGAAGGCUGAUAACCAGAUGUACGAUGACAGAUGCGGAUCAACGUCCAGCUAUGAGUGAUAUUUUAAGUGAAUUAGAGAGAUUAAGAGAGAACCCAGGUGUCAUUUCCAUGGUGAGAAAUUUUCUCAUAAUGUAAAGAAAAAAGAGUUUGCCUUGGAUGGUUUCAACUCUGUGAGUCUAGAAACAAUGUUGAAGGUUGGACUUUACCAGAAUAUCGAGCAUGUAUCUCAUGCAAUUAACUUUUCCGCAAAGAACAGUCUCCCACUGAAUUCAUUACUUGGACGCUGGUGCUGAUUACAAUCUUAAUAGAUCUGGUAAACAUCAUUGCUUUGUAACUUUGAUUUUGAUUUUGGUAUGUAAUUAUAAUUUAGAAUGCGUUCUGAUCGAAUCGUAUUGCUUCUUCUUCCCAAGAGAUCCACCCGUAACUCUGGAGAGCGGACUGUAUCAACUAAGAGGAUGUUCAGUAAUAAACACGAAUGUACCAGUAAAUGGCUGGCUCGAAAUAUUUGUUUAAAGCAAGGUUUGCGAAGUAUCCUUGCAAUAAGUUCUAAUCGGUAAAAUUAUUGACAGUGAUUGGUUCAAUGAUCUAAUUGAUAACAAAUGUUUUCGUCGCGAAUAUUUCUAUUUGUUUCUGAAUCGAUUUAUUUGUGUCACCUAAACCCAUCAUUUUUCCAAUUGGCUCGGUUCUAAGAGCAGACCUAUGUAAAGUAAAUUGUCAGAAUAACAACACUCGAUGAGUAACCUGUCUCAUGAUGGCACUGCAACAAAUCGUCGUAGAAAUGGUGGAACAUGUUUGAAUUCCUUUUUUUAAUGUCAAU